AAGAAUACGACUGAACGAGACAGAAACUCCUUCUUACAAGACAAACUCUCUCUCUCUGAAACUGAAAGAAAAACGCUGAACGUGCAAUAAUCACAAAUUCACAAAUAAUCGGUGAAUGGAUAACCUAAUUUCUUUGGUGAACAAAAUCCAGAGGGCUUGCACGGCUUUAGGCGAUCAUGGCGAAGCAAGUGCGUUGCCCACUCUCUGGGACUCUCUCCCCGCCAUAGCCGUCGUCGGUGGCCAGAGCUCUGGAAAGUCUUCAGUGCUUGAAAGUGUCGUUGGCAAGGACUUCUUACCUCGUGGAUCGGGAAUUGUUACCCGGCGACCCCUUGUUUUGCAGCUUCACAAGAUUGAGGAGGGUGGCAGAGAGUAUGCUGAAUUUCUUCACCUUCCAAGGAAGAGGUUCACCGAUUUCGCUGCUGUGAGAAAGGAAAUUCAAGAUGAAACCGAUAGGGAGACUGGACGAACAAAACAGAUUUCAAGUGUCCCCAUUCAUCUUAGUAUAUAUUCUCCCAAUGUUGUUAACUUGACACUCAUUGAUCUUCCUGGCCUUACAAAGGUAGCUGUAGAGGGUCAACCAGAUAGCAUAGUCCAAGAUAUUGAGAAUAUGGUUCGAUCCUACAUUGAGAAGCCAAACUGUAUAAUUUUGGCAAUUACACCAGCCAAUCAAGAUCUUGCAACAUCCGAUGCAAUUAAAAUAUCCCGUGAAGUGGAUCCCACCGGAGAAAGAACAUUUGGAGUCUUGACAAAGAUUGAUCUUAUGGACAAGGGUACUGAUGCUGUGGAUAUGUUGGAAGGGAGAGCUUAUAGAUUAAAAUAUCCCUGGGUUGGUGUUGUCAAUAGAUCGCAAGCUGAUAUUAAUAAGAACGUUGACAUGAUUGCUGCUAGACGUAGAGAACGUGAAUAUUUUUCUAAUACCCCUGAAUAUAAGCACCUUGCUCACAGAAUGGGUUCUGAGCAUCUAGCAAAGAUGCUUUCAAAGCAAUUGGAGGCAGUAAUCAAGUCCAAAAUUCCUGCUAUUCAGUCUCUUAUUAGUAAAACAAUUGCUGAACUUGAAGCUGAACUGAGUCGUCUGGGAAAGCCUAUUGCAGCUGAUGAAGGGGGAAAGCUGUAUUCUAUCAUGGAAAUAUGCCGCUCAUUUGAUCAAAUAUUCAAAGAACAUCUUGAUGGCGUGCGACCUGGAGGUGAUAGAAUUUAUAAUGUCUUUGACAAUCAGCUGCCUGCUGCUUUAAAAAGGCUGCAGUUUGAUAAACAACUUUCAAUGGAAAAUAUAAGAAAACGUAUUACAGAGGCUGAUGGGUAUCAACCUCAUCUGAUAGCUCCAGAACAAGGAUACCGCCAUCUCAUUGAAUCUUCUCUAAUUACUAUCAGGGGUCCAGCUGAGGCAGCUGUUGAUGCGGUUCACUCCCUAUUAAAAGAUUUAGUUCACAAAGCUAUUAGCGAGACUCUGGACUUAAAGCAAUAUCCUGGUCUACGUGUUGAAGUUGGGAAUGCAGCCAUCGAUUCAUUAGAAAAAACUAGGGAGGAAAGCAAAAAAGCAGCGCUACAGCUAGUUGAUAUGGAGUGUGGCUAUUUGACGGUUGAUUUCUUCCGAAAGAUUCCUCAAGAUGUUGACAAGGGUGGCAAUCCCACACAUUCAAUUUUUGAUAGAUAUAACGAUUCAUAUCUUAGGCGAAUUGGAACCAAUGUUCUGUCUUAUGUCAAUAUGGUCUGUGCAAGUCUUCGGCAUUCAAUUCCCAAGUCAAUUGUCUAUUGUCAAGUGCGGGAAGCCAAACGGGGCCUUCUCGAUCACUUCUUCACUGAACUAGGCAAAUUUGAGCCCAAGCGUUUGUCCUCAUUGCUGAAUGAGGAUCCUGCAAUAAUGGAAAGACGAAGUGCUCUUGCAAAGAGGCUUGAGUUAUAUCGGAGUGCACAAGCUGAGAUCGAUGCAGUUGCAUGGUCUAAGUAGAAGUAGAUGUGCAUGCUGCAUCUAUUAGCGAUAGAUAUUAUUUUCAUUGCCAUCUUUAAUUAAAAUGAGAUGAUUUCAAUCAAUGUCUUCUCACGCCCUUUGUACAUAUUUCAUUUCUGUAAUUCUAUUUAACUCAUUCUUGCUUUUAAAAUAAAUCUUCCAAAUAUGAAACAAAAUUACUUAGCAGAUCAAAACAAAUAAUGCUAAUAAUUCCUUCAAUAAA